UGCAGGACUCUAUCAGUGUCUGUGGAGUCCAGACUGAUUCCGGAUCCGUCUGCUCGUGAUGUGGUCAUGUAGUCUCGGCUGAGGACUGAGAUCUUCUACAGACUGAAGGAGAUUGCUGGGGGCUCUGAGGAUGCUUUUAUUCAUUCUUUUAUCAGGUCUAUUCCUGUGUGGAUGUGCGCAAUAUUCCAGCGACCAGUGCAACUGGAGAGGAAGUGGUCUGAUGCACGAGGCUCGCGAGCGGGACGUGGAGCAGGUGCACCUGCGCUGUGCUGAAGGCUCUCUGGAGUGGCUCUAUCCCACAGGAGCCCUCAUCGUCAACCUGAGGCCCAACCUGCCCCCGGCGGAGGGUCACCUGCGCGCCUGCAUCAAGCCGCGGCCGGACUCCCGCGGGGCCACGCUGUACGUGGAGCGGACCGGAGAGCUGCGGCUGCUGCUGACGGAGGAGGAUCAGGCGGCUGGACGCGUGGGCUGCUUCUCUCUGCAGGAGGGGGCGCUGUUUGUGGAGGCGUCUGCGCGACGGGACAUCAGCAGGACAAUCACAGCGUUUCAGUAUCAGCUGAUCUCCACACAGACGCCAGGAGACGAGCCCUGCUCACCUACAGCUGCAUGCAGGCCCUGCGCUGAUGAGGAGCUGCUGAUGGCGAUCUGCACCAGUGACUUCGUGGUGCGCGGCAGUGUUCAUCAUGUGGAGGAGGAGGAGGAGGAGGAUGAAGGUGAGGCGUCAGUGGUGUUGUCGUUGAGUCACGUGUACCGUCAGAAGAGCCGUGUGUUUGUGUCCGGCGGCGGGGGGCGCGGGCGCGGCCGGUGGACGGGUCGUGUGAAGACACCGCGGCGGUGCGGCCCGCGAGCAGGACAGGGCGAGCUCCUCUUCACGGGCGCCGUGCGGUUCCAGGAAGCGUGGCUGGGAUGUGCUGCUCUCUAUGAAGACUUCAUCAGACUCUACCGAGCGUCUCUGGACGCGGGAACAAACCCCUGCCACAUAGACAACAGACUGAGAGACACACAAACAGACCUCUGCUGGUGUUAA